AUGGUUCCAGCUUUUUUCCUUCUUCUCUCUUUCUUCUCCUCCAUUGUUGAUAGCUUGAGAUCGUCAAGGUUUAGCUAUGGCUCCCAUGUUAUCACUUUGUACAUUGCGCUGAUUACUGUGGCUAGCUUCAACCAUUGUUUUCGUGUUGUUUUUAUUGGUUUUCGCCUGGAUGAUGGGAUGGCCGGGGAAUACAGAUCACUCAAGACAAACAUAGGUCUAGAAAAAGCUGUCACCCUCAAACAAUUAAAAGAUGCUACUCGAAAUUUUGGCCACGAAAAUGAGAUUGGUCGAGGGGGUUUUGGGACAGUAUACAAGGCCGAAUUGGAAGGUCGAACUGUAGCUGUGAAGAGACUUUCCUCUCAUUCAGAGGAAAGGAUUAACUCAAAGCUCAGAUUGCAACUUGAUUGGAAAGCAAUUGCAAGGUGUAAAAUUUGCUUGGGAAUAGCAAGGGGCUUGCAGUAUCUACACAAGCAUAGGCUGCAGACGAUUCAUAGGGAUAUUAAAGCUGCUAAUAUUCUUCUUGAUGGAAAACUUGAAGCUAAAAUUUCAGACUUCGGAUUGGCAAGCCUUUACACUGAAGAUAAUCAAUUCGAGUUCAUCAAAGUAGAAGUGUCACAGGGAUAUAUAGCACCAGAGAAUGUUCGAGGAAUUGUCACAUUUAAAACUGAUGUCUACAGUUUCGGGUUAGUUCUACAUGAAACUGUUAGUGGAAAGACAAAUGCAGGAACCAAGCGAGAUAGCCUAGAAAGUGGAUUCUCUUAUACGGUAAAAGAAAAGGAAGCUAGAUCAGCAUUGCUAUGUUUUUUGCCUUCUUUUGUUCUACUUCUGUAUGAAAGCUUAUCAUUUACAUGGAAAAGAAGGCUGUUGGACUUGGUUGACAGAAACUUGUCGGGCAGUUAUGACGCAAAAGAAGCCGUUAUCAUCUUGAACUUAGCAGUUAAGUGCACCAGUAUAGCUCCAGCCGUGAGGCCUACUAUGUCUGAUGUUGUUAGUGUACUUGUUGGUGACAAAAGAAUCGAUCAGAUUUGA